AUGUGGCUACCGCGUGUGUCCAGCUCAGCGGUGACCGCGCUCCUGCUGGCGCAGACCUGCCUCCUGCUCUUUCUGGUCUCGAGGUCAGGGCCGUCAUCCUCAGCCGGCAACCAGGAGCGAGUGCACGUGCUGGUGCUGUCCUCGUGGCGCUCAGGCUCCUCCUUCGUGGGCCAGCUCUUCAGCCAGCACCCUGAUGUCUUCUAUCUGAUGGAGCCUGCCUGGCACGUGUGGGCCACCCUGUCGCAGGGCAGCGCUUCGGCGCUACACAUGGCCGUGCGCGACCUGAUCCGCUCAGUCUUCCUGUGCGACAUGGACGUGUUCGAUGCCUACCUGCCCUGGCGCCGCAGCCACAAUCUGUCAGACCUCUUCCAGUGGGCAGUGAGCCGCGCGCUGUGCUCGCCGCCUGCCUGUAGCGCCUUCCCCCGCGGCGCCAUCAGCAGCGAGGCCGUGUGCAAGCCACUGUGCGCGCGGCGGCCAUUCGGGCUGGCUCAGGAGGCCUGCCGCUCCUACAGCCACGUGGUGCUCAAGGAGGUGCGCUUCUUCAACCUGCGGGUGCUCUACCCGCUGCUGCGCGACCCCGCACUCAACCUGCGCAUCGUGCACCUGGUGCGCGACCCACGGGCUGUGCUGCGCUCGCGUGAGCAGACGGCCAAGGCUCUGGCGCGUGACAACGGCAUCGUACUGGGCACCAAUGGCACAUGGGUGGAGGCCGACCCCGGGCUGCGCGUGGUGCAGGAGGUGUGCCGCAGCCACGUGCGCAUCGCUGAGGUCGCCACGCUCAAGCCUCCGCCUUUCCUGCAGGGCCGCUACCGCCUGGUGCGCUUCGAGGACCUGGCGCGGGAUCCUCUGGCGGAGAUCCGUGAGCUCUACGCCUUCACUGGCCUGAACCUCACGCCACAGCUCGAGGCCUGGAUCCACAACAUCACGCACGGGGCGGGACCUGGAGCGCGCCGGGAAGCCUUCCAGACCACGUCCAGGAACGCGCUCAACGUCUCCCAGGCCUGGCGCCACACGCUGCCUUUCGCCAAGAUCCGGCGUGUGCAGGAGCUGUGCGCAGGGGCGCUGCAGCUGCUGGGCUACCGGCCAGUGUCCUCUGAGAACGAGCAGCGCGACCUCGCCCUGGAUUUGCUGCUGCCUCGAGGCCCGAGCAGCUUCAGCUGGGUGUCAUCCACCACCUCUUAG